AUGGCGAGUCCCGCGAAGAGUGCACCCACGGCCAAAGGAGACGCUCCAACAUCUCCACCGCCAGCGGUUUUUUCCGACAUCGAAGAAAAAAACGUAGCUGCCUCCUUCGCCUGUUCAGCUACCACUCGACCCGCCGCGCUCUUAGCAACGGCCAAGGUGAGGGUGGAGGCACCAUCAGGGGAACACCUAGAGGUCAGAGCCCUGCUAGACACCGGUUCGGACACGUCGCUGGUAUCGGGUUGGGUAGCUCAAGCACUCCGUUUGCCACGGCGGGCGGUUAGCGUCGCCAUCUCAGGAGUACAGGAGAAUGAGAGUGGACUGGCGAAAAGCGAAGUUUCCUUUUCUUUGCGCUCUCGUCUAGACCCAAGCUUUCACUUGUCGGUUCGUGCAUUGGUGCUGCGGAAACUGACGGCGUUGCUCCCAGCUCGAGCAGUGCAACCACAGUCUUGGCCGCACCUUCAAGGAGUGAUUCUCGCCGAUCCUGAAUAUGGAGUACCCUCUCGUGUUGACUUGAUCCUAGGAGCUGAUAUUUGUGGAGUUUUGUUACAGGACGAGUCGAGGGUUGGACCGAUGGGUACCCCAACGGCGCGGCGUACGCCUCUUGGGUGGGUACUGAUAGGCCCUGUCUCUGAUGCCAAAGGACCUAGCAGCAAGGCAGUCGUCCACAGCCUUCAUUGCCAAACGGACGACUCAACGAAUAGGCUGCUUCGGCGCUUUUGGGAGCUCGAGGAGCUACACGAACAGCCCCCGUUAUCACCCGAGGACCGAGAAUGUGAGCGGCACUUUCGAGAGACGCACUAUCGGGACGAAACAGGCCGCUACUCGGUGCACCUACCUUUCAAAUUGGAUCCAAGCCUCGCCCUGAAGCCCAGCAGAUCGACGGCGCUAAAGCUGCUGCUCAGCUGUGAGCGCAAGUUGGCGUCCAACGAAGCCUGGCGAGACAAGUACUCGCAGUUCAUGGACGAGUACGCGGCCUUGAGUCACAUGGAGGCGGUACCGGAAUCUGCGGUUCAGGAUCCAGCCUACUAUCUACCGCACCAUGCUGUGGCGAAGCGAUACGACCCUACUGGCAAAAUCAGGGUCGUCUUCAAUGCCUCCUUUCGCACCGCCACGGGAUCCUCUCUCAACGACUGCCUGCUGUCUGGACCGAAACUACAGUCAGACCUCUGGAUGAUUUUAACACGAUGGCGCCUUUUUCGAGUAGUAUUUACCUCGGAUAUUGUUAAAAUGUUUCGGCAGAUUCGAGUAGAUCCGGCGGACGCGGACUGGACCAGGAUACUUUGGCGCUCCAGACCCGAUCAACCUGUACAGGACUUCAGGCUCAAGACCGUCACCUAUGGCACAGCCUGCGCGCCCUUCCUUGCGCUGCGGGUGUUGGUCCAACUAGCGGCAGACGAAGAGGAGCGUUUUCCGCUGGGAGCGGUCGCAAUUCGUCGGCAUUCGUAUGUGGAUGAUAUCCUUGCCGGAGCCGACGACGAGGAAGCAGCUCUGGAAUUACGACGACAGGUCAUCUCCAUCCUGCAAUCGGGAGGCUUCGAUCUGAGUAAAUGGGCAUCGAAUAAGCCGAGCUUACAGGAAGCGGAAGAAAGUCAAGCCUGCGUGUUCCAGGACCACACUGGAGUCAGUACCUUGGGAGUCGUCUGGAGGCCAACCACGGACACCUUCUCCUUGCGUGUCCUUCCACCCCUCAAAGAGCCCUCCCGAUACACAAAAAGGCGUAUCCUCUCGGAAGUAGCCAGUCUCUUCGACCCCUUGGGAUGGGCGGCCCCUGUUUUAAUUUUCGCAAAGAUUCUCAUGCAGGACCUCUGGAUAAUUGGCGCAGAGUGGGAUGAGGACUUACCUGACCAACUGCUUUCCGCAUGGAAAACCUUCCGGACGACGCUGAGCCAACUCGACGCUCUGGCCAUUCCUCGCUGGACGAACUACUCAGCAGACUCGGCGCAACUGGAUCUGCACGGGUUCUGCGAUGCCUCCCAGCGAGCUUAUGCAGCCGUCGUCUACCUGCGAGUGUCCAAGGGAGAAGUCAGCGUGACCACACUGCUUGUGGCAAAAACCAAGGUCGCUCCGGUCAAAGCAGUUAGCAUACCACGCCUGGAAUUAUGCGGCGCGGUGCUUCUUUCCAAAUUAAUUGCGGAAGUACAAAGGGGAUUGAACGUACCAGCAACCAUCACGGCUUGGACGGACUCUAGCGUUACCCUCCACUGGAUCCGGGGGCAUGCCUCGACCUGGAAGCCGUUUGUUGCUCACAGAGUAGCCACUGUGCAGUCCAAUGUUCCGCCUCAAAAUUGGAGACACGUGGCUACCAAACACAACCCUGCGGACUUGGCAACAAGAGGGAUAACGCCGUCGGAGCUCCUAUCGUCGCAGCUUUGGUGGAGGGGACCCUCCUGGCUCAUCAACCCCCCCGAUCAGUGGCCUGUAUCACCACUAGGAAAGGUCGAGGAGGCCGACUUGGAGCAGGGCCGAGUACAAAUCUACCUAGCAAAGGAAAACGAGGAGAACGAUCUCUUAACAAGGUUUUCAAGCUUGACACGCCUAACUGCCGUUAUUGCUCUCUGCUUUAGAUUUCAUCGACUUACAAGGAAGCUGAAGACCGAAACCGGGUUCAUCCGGGCUUCGGAGCGAGACGCUGCUCUGCGGAUCGCUAUCGGCCUAGCUCAGAAGUCCAACUUCCACGCAGAGGUCGACCAGCUCCGGCAGCACAAAGAGGUACGGCGAUCGUCGACCCUCAUCGCCUUGAGGCCCUUCCUGGAUGACCAAGGGCUGCUACGCGUCGGAGGCCGCCUGGACCAAGCCUCCCUUCCCUAUAAUGAGAGGCACCCUUACAUCAUCGGGAAGAAAAAUCCGUUGGCUACUCUUUUGGUGCGAGAUGCCCAUCUCCGUACUUUACACGGAGGACCACAACUCACCAGGAGCCUGCUGGCGCGACGCUACUGGAUCAUCCAUGGCCGCUCUCUAGUGCGAGACGUCAUUAAGGGGUGCGUAAAAUGUGCUCGCUACAGUGGAAGGCCGACCACGCAGUUGAUGGGCCCCUUACCGAUCGAGCGCAUCACUCCCCGCCGACCCUUCCUUUCUACGGGAGUGGACUACGCAGGACCGGUGAAGCUGCGAACAUCGCCAGGAAGAGGACACAAAUCCUACAAGGGAUAUAUAGCGCUGUUCAUUUGCCUUAGUACUCGCGCGAUUCAUCUGGAAGCUGUCUCAGAUCUUACCUCUGCCUCAUUCCUAGCCGCUUUUCGCAGGUUCAUCAGUCGCCGAGGCCGCUGCGCCACGAUGUUGAGCGAUAAUGGGACCGUCUUCCACGGAGCGGACCGGGAGUUGCGCAACAUGUUCCGCGGCGCUUCCGCCUUCUACCUAAACGCCGCAGCUUCGCUGGCAGCCGAAGGCACGGAUUGGAGCUUCAUCCCUCCGUAUGCUCCGCACUUCGGGGGCCUAUGGGAGGCAGGAGUUAGAACGGUUAAACAUCAUUUGCGAAGAAUCGUCGAAAACGCCACGCUUACCUUCGAGGAGAUGACGACGCUUCUGUGCCAGGUGGAAGCUUGCGUAAAUUCACGGCCGCUACAUCCACUUUCCGACGACCCCUCGGACCUGUCGGCAUUAACACCCGGACACUUUUUAAUCGGUGAACCCACUUGUAUCGUUCCGGAUCCAGAAUCCGACUCGCAUGAUAUUUCUCUUAUUUCGCGCUGGCGACAAAUAUCUGCAUUACGUUCUCACUUUUGGCACAGGUGGAGGCGGGAAUAUCUGCAGCAUUUGCAGCAACUUCCCAAGUGGCGUCAGCAGAAGGAGAACCUGAAGCUGGGGACACUAGUGUUACUACGCGACGAGUUGCAACCACCGGCAAAAUGGCCGAUGGGCCGGGUUGAAGCCCUUCAUCCAGGGCCAGAUGGACGAGUAAGAGUAGCCACCUUGAAAACUACUAGCGGUUCCGUCACCAGACCAAUCGUCAAGUUGUGCCCCCUCCCGGUGCCCUCUGCUGACGUCACUUCACCUACUUCCACGUAA